CUUUUUACUUUGUCUCACGUGCGAGCGCGGGCGUACGAUGAUCAUUUCGAAUUGAAUAACUUCUUUUUUUUUUUUUUUUUUGGAAAUAAUUUUUAUCCAGGAUAAAUACGUUUGAUAGCAUUUACUUAAAAGAUACGGUUAAAAGAUACGGCCAGGAUAAUAAAAAAACAAUUUUAUAGUACCGAGUAGAGGUCGCUGUGAUGUUGCGCACGAUUACAAAUAUCAAACAAACAAAGUGACGCAGGUGUUAAUUCACUCAAAAAUAUGAUCGUUUAUUGUAUUAUAGUUUAAUAUUUGAUUGUGCAAAAAGUUGUGAUGUUUUCACAGCCAAAAGAAUCUCCUUCUGUGGAAGACUUUACCGAAGACGAUUCUUUGGGAUCUUCGAUAAGUUUGAGCGUAGGUGAAAACUCGAUACAUAUAAAAGAAAAACCUAAAUUGGUAAAAGAACCGGAACCUCCACCUGACAGUGAAAUAAAUCUUGAAGAAAAAUGGUGGUUAAAAAGGCCAGAUACGCGUCUUGAAAUCACAAAUACUAAAGCUAUAGAAAUGAAGACGAAGAAAACACCUACACCUUCACCAGACAUAAGUUCUUCUAUGAAGGAAUUUCUUGAGAAAGAAAAAAUGUGCAAAAUUAUGCAUAAAAGCGAAGGAGAGGUUAAAGAUAAGGACGACACAUUAUGUGAUAUACUAGCUUCUGUAGCUUUCGACAAAUAUCAAUCAGAUUUUGAAAAUGCGACCGACGAAGAUAUAGGUAGCAUUUUAGAAGAAAUGAGCAGAAUUGCUGGGGCUUUAAGUCCAAAUUCUGCUCCAGACAACGCAAAAUCUGGAAGUUCAAGUAAGCAUCAUACGGAAGAGGAAAAGUCUGUAGAAGAAUUGCUAGAAGAGGCUGAAAAACUUGUACUCAAAAAUACUAGUAAUUUAUCAAAGAGCAUAUCAAAGUCUGAAACUUUAGUUCCUGACAAUGAUCAAGAUAAUCAGGAAGAUUUAAGUAGAGUUAGAAAAUUAGAGGAAGAUAUUUUUCAGUUGAUAAAGGAAGAAGUACAUAAGGAAUCAGAGAAGAUUAAGAAAAGUCCGAAAUAUGAAAAGAAAAGGGAUACUAGUCCUGGAAUUGAAGUGGUUUAUGAGAAUGUCAAUGUUUUGCGACCUCCUAAGACAUUAGAAUUUCAAAGAAAAAAAUUUGAAGAACAGAAAGUAGAAAUAUCUAGUAGUUCUGAUUUAGAUGAUCCGAUUGAAAGACAUUCAAGAUCAGAAGAAUUAAAAAGUAUUAAAAAAAUGAGCGAAAGUAAAGAUAGUUUGCAAAAAGAAAUAACGGAUGUCGAUAAAGAUUUUUUUGAAAACCUUCUGAAAAGAUCUAAAGAAAGGCUAGAAGGUGGCAUGUCAGGAAGUUCUAGCUUUGGACAAGAAGAUUUUUCACAUUUUUUAAAAUUGUUACAAGGUCAAAGCGAUAAAAAAGAACAAGAAUUAAAAGAAACUAUUCCAAUAUAUGAUCUUUUUUUAAAAUCAACAAGAGGAGAUGGUAUUUCUACUGUGGAGGGACAAUCAACUAUCGAUAAGAGCCCAGAAUUUCCAGAGAAAGAAAUUUCUGAAAUACUGGAGAAGGAACUACCUCAUACUCAUAUUAAAGGAACAGAGCACAAAACGGGUGAACUAGAGUUAAGGGAAUCCAAAGAAGUUCAACAGUUAGACGAUAGAAAAAUAAUUGAUGCUUCUUAUUCUACUAAACGAACGCAUGAUCAGUUUGUAUUACAUAAGAUAGAUCAGACUUCUCCCAAAGUUACUGAUACGAACGAUGACAAUAAAAAAGUUGUCAAUUCCAAAAAUGAAUUGUAUACUGUGGGACUUACUCCUAGAUUAGAAUUGUUUGCAGAUGCUAUUCCUAAACUCAUCGCUGAAAAGUCUAACGAAAAUAUACAAAAAGAGAAUAAAUUAGAAAGUGAUAAGGAAUCCAUUAUAAAGGAAACUAACACAAAGAUUAAAACUAAUACAGCCAGUUCGGAAAAAACUUCUCGAGUUAAUAGCAAAGAUUCUUAUCUACGUGAUUGGCGGAAACGUGUAUCGGAUUUGCCAAAAAGUAGUCGUGUUGUUAAUGCUCCAGAUAAUAAGAAUCAGAAGAAAGAAAUUAGAUUCUGUAAAUCUAAAAGUUAUGAUCAAAUCUGUAAACCACAAUUAAAGAACUCUCAAGAAAAUAUAAAAGUUCCAAAAUCUGCAGACGUUACAAGGAAAGCAAAUCCAUUAGUAGUUAAGAAAUCUCCUAUAUUGAAACCAAAAAUACAAUCCAAGCCUGUCUCAAAGUUUUUACCUAGAAGUAAAACUCUCUCACAGUCAAAGGGUGAUAUAGAAAAAGCUGGUUCCACAUUAAGUUUACCAUGUAGAUCUUCUCAAUUUAGAUCUUCACCUGAAAGUCCUAUGGCUGGUGGUGAUACAAAGCAGAACGUAAUAAAAAAAGAUUGGGAAGCCUCGUGUCGUGAAGAAAAACAUAAAAAUAUUUUAUUAAAGCAGCAGUUGGAAUCUGAAGUGAAAUUAUAUAAAAGUCAAAUAGAUAAUAUGCGUUUGUCUUUUGAGGAAGAGCUGUUUGCAUUAAGAAAGGAGAAUAUAAUUUUGAAAGCAAAAAUAGAUGAACUGUCUUUAAAUGAAAAACAUGAAAAAAUUCAUUCAAAGUCGGAUGCUAAGGUUAUCGUUUUGGAACAAGAGAUAGAAAAGCUAGAAAAUGUAAUUCGUACGUAUGAAGCUGAGAAUAAAAAGUUGAUACAAGAUACAAAACGUAUGCAGGAAGAAAUAAAAAAGUUGCAGCAAAAGCAGAAAUCUAGCACAUUAGAAAUGAACGAAAUGCAACGUUUAAUAGAUCGUAUUAAAGAUUUAGAGGAAGAUGCAUUAAAAUUAAAUUUAGAAGUUUCUGAGCUUAAAGAGAAAAAUGCUGAUUGUACUUUGAAGAACGAUGAUUUGAUACAACAAAAUGGUUUACUUAAUGACGAGUUGGAAAUGUUUAAAGAACAAUUUAGAGCAAAGAAUGAUUUUAUUACAGACAGGUUACAGGCGAUGACCAAGGUAGAGGUUGACUUGAAAAAACAAGUGGAAGAACUAAAUAUAAAAUUAAGUUCUAAAAGUGAUCAAUUACGCACAACAAAAUUAGAAUUUGAAAAACUUCAACAAAAGGUUCUACCCUUAGAGAAGGAGCUUUUAGAAUUUAGAGUUAAGGAAGGUAAUCUUCAAGAAAAAUUACAGACUGCUAAAAAUCACGUUGAACGUGAGAAGCAACUUACACAAAAGUUGAAGGAUCAAGUAAUACUUGAUAACAAAAAAAUUAUGGAUUUAACCAGACAGGUACGUGAAAUGGAACGUAUUCUUAAAAGAAAAAAUCCAGAUUCGGUAUCUGCUUUAAUAUUAACUGCUAAUUCGGAACAAGACAAAAUAGGUACUGAAAAAGUAAAACUUCUUGAAGAGAGAAUAGCCGUUCUUGAAAAAGAAAUUGAAAGCAAAGAAGAUAUCUCACAGCAAAAGUUGUUCGACUUGCAGCAAAAGUUUUCUGAUAUGAAAGAAAAGUAUACUUUGCAGAUAACAGAAUUAGAAGCUAAAUUACUAGAAGCAACUGUUGCAAAUCAAAAGGUAUACAAUGAUAUGUUUACACAAACAACUAUUAAAACCAGUGAAAGUAAAGGAGUAGAAACAUAUAAGAAAGAUGAAAGGUCUUUAUCAAUCGAUAAAGAGGAAAGAAAGGAUCAAAGAAUUGUAAAGGUUGGUCCAAAAUCACAAAAUCCAAAAGAAGAUGCUCAUCUGAUUGCAACGAUACGUGGACUUAAAUUGGAACUUUCAAAUAAAGAUAGGGCAGUUUCUAAGCUUACAAAAGAAUAUCAGGAGUUACAAAAGACUAAUAGACGAUUACAGAAAGAACGUGAGAAACUUUUAAAUGAUCGUAGGACAUUCAAAAGUGCAGAUCUUGAAAAAGCUAAUGCAAAAUUGUUGGGUUCGCGAUCUACAGAAGGUAAUGAUCAGAACUCAAACAUAUAUCAAAAUGGACAUGCGACAGAUCAGGGUUCACGAUUAACCGCGUCUACUCAUAAAUUAUAUGAUCCAAUGCAUUAUACAGAAACUACUGACAAUGCCUUGAUAAAAAAAUUAUUGAACGAUAAUGAAAUUCUAAAGGAAGAACUGAGCAAAAUAAAUAAGGACUUCAUGGCACUGAAAAACAAGAGACUUCAUGAUUUGAAUCUUCUACAGGAAGAACAUGAACGAGAAAUGGCUACUCUUGUGAAGGAAUAUAGCAUCAAAUUUGGAGAUUCUAAAGUGGUAAAAUUACAGGGACAGGUUAAUACACAGGUAGCUGUAAUUACUCAUCUGAAGGAACAAAUUGAUAAAUUAAGGGAUUACAAGGAACAGGUGGUUGUGUUAAAGGCUGAACGAGAACAUUUAGAGAAUAAAGUGAAAACGCUAAAUGAGAAAGUUAAAUAUCUUUCUACACCGGGAACUGAGCAGUUACAAUUACUACAGGACAAAAUUACAAUUCUUCAGCAGAGGCAUGAAAGUCGCGAAAUGACCUUACAGUCUUUGGUACGUAAUUUGCUUAGAAAUCGUACGCAGUGUAAAGACUGUAAGAAUGAAAAGGGUAAAAAUCGACAGCUUUGUUACUUUCGCCAAGAACUUGAUCAUAUUCUUGCAAUGUUACAAGAAAUUGCCAAUUCUCAUUAACGCUGACACGCAUUUAAUGUGUCUUUUCAAAGUGCCCAUAAGACUGUUGUUAAGCACGUGAUUGUAACAUCACAUAAUGUCAUAUAUGUGGUGCUUGUUUCGUUUGUCGAUCGAUAUGAUUUGUUUCGUAUGAAUCACGUCGAGGAAAAACCAUGGCCAAAGUCUAACGUCCAUGAUAUAAUUAAUAUUAGCUUUAGCCGUGUAUUUUUCUUUUCUCGCUAUUGCAUCAAUCGAUGUUGAGACUAUUACAGAAGUUUUAUCGCCGCGAAUAUAAAUAUCAAGAAACUUCUUAUGAAAAUCGAUGAGAUUUUUCAUCACUGCCAAAGAUACGACUACUAAUAAGAUAGUAGUUACUAUAUAGCUAUCAACGAAGUUAUAUACGUUAUUAAAUCUCCUUGUCUUCUCUCUUAUGCCUGCUUGCCAUUUUAUAUAUAUAUAUAUAUAUAUAUAUAUAUAUAUAUAUAUAUAUAUAUAUGCAACGAGUUAGCCAAAAUAAUAAUAAGUUAAAAGCUUUGAUUUUGACAAAUUUACAAAUUUAUUUUUAAUAACAGGAUCAAGAAUAUUAAUUUAUUUACUUUAUAUUAGCCAUACAUUAGCAUUAAAUGUGUUCCAACCUUUUGGAUUUCAAAUUUAUAAACACAUGUAUACGUGAAAUGUUAAUUAUUCGUUAUUUUAUUAACUGCGACUCGACGAAGUAAUAGAUUGCGUCACUACAUAGAGAUUUACUUACACGUCUAUCUUCCAGAGUUAGGUAGAAUCUAGUUUUUUAUAAUGUCCUUUCUUGAAGAUUGUUGUAAAUAGUUGUCAUCUUCUUCAGAAUUAUAUUUAUGUCAUAUUUAUCCGAGUUCCAUUCAUACUCGGUAUUUCAUAAUCAACGAAUUCAUAUUUGCGGUUGUAUCAUUCGUACCAGAGUGAAGGAACUCAUUCAUUGCUAAAAGACUCUACGCAUUUGUAGUUUAAAUGAUCUCGCCAAAGUAGAUGUAUUUAUAUAUAGCACACAUACAUAUAAACAAUCGCACAAUUUAACGCAUUCCGGCCUCCAUAGUGUAAUGAAGAAUUCAUCAGAGAUGUAUAUUUUAUUUAUUCUAAUUAGAAAAUUCAAAUUUUCAUCUAAAUGUAUAACUUAAGCUAAUUAAGUGGAGCGAUUACACGAGUCGAAUUCUUUUUCUAGUAUACGGUGUACGAAUAGUAUAAAAUAAAAUAAAAAAGAAAAAAAAAAAGAGAAAAAAGAUAGAAAACAAAAAAGACAGAAAAAAAAUUGCAAAAUUUCUGUCUCGUGUAAUCGCUGCUUGUUUUUAUUAAAAAAGAACCUGUUGAUAUAUUCCAUGAUUAAUGUGCUACAUCACGAAGUUUCGCUACUACGUUAUUCAAUUAUAUUAUUAUUCGUAUAGGUGAAACUAAAGAUUGAUAGUAGAACGAACUUAAAUGGUUUUUCAAGUUUGUACAUAUCUACUUGAGCCAGUUUAAUAGUUCUAUAUGACAAAUAUUAUUCUUAAUAUAUUUACUAUCAAACUAUCCUUCGUAAUAUUUUUUCAAAUAGUUGGAUGUAUCGAUUUUUUCUACUUUUUUUUUUUUUUAAUUUAUGAUUCGUAUAGAUCACUUUUUCAAUACGAGAAAUUGUAUAUUUAAAUAUUCGAGAGAUGAAAAGAAUGAAAAUCAUGUUACAUAUUGUGUAUAACAUUGUUUUAUAAAGUGUAUCUGAUCUAUUUCUAGAUUAGAUAACAUUGUCUUCAAAUUUCUUUAGAUAUAAGAGUGUAACGAUAAUUUCGAAAAUAUAUGAAAAAGUAAUGUCCAGUAUGUUCUUUUUCUUUUUUGAAGAAGAAGAAGAAGAAGAAGAAAAAAAGAAGACACGACUGUUGAGAAAAUUAUCUUCUUUUUUUCAAAUGUGAUUUGAUAUGAACAAAUAAAAUAAUGGAAAGACUUAGCACAAAAUUGUAGUUUCGAGUAGUUGAUAGGAAACAUUUAUAGGAUACGUUAUAUUAAACAAUUUUAUAUAUACGUAAUUAAAUCAAAAAUAAUAAUCCAUGACUUGUACAAUUUUUAAUUUAUGGCUAGAACGUACAUACUGUUGAAUUUUAGGAUAAAUCAAAACGAUUUUAAUUGUGUUUUAUUUUGGAUAAACUUUAUCAAAUUUAUAUCUGUGUAGAUUCUAUUAUUUUUAUUUACAAUACGUAUAUAUAUAUAUAUAUAUAUAUAUAUAUAUAUAUAUAUAUAUAUAUAUGUAUGUAUGUAUGUAUAUAUAUAUAUAUCGUAUUAUUGCUUUCUGAAUCAUAAAUAAUAAAAUACUUUUCUAGCGAUUGCCUUCAUACUUAGUGUUCGUUCGAAAUAUUUGUUUGAUAUUAGUAACAAUUUUUAUAAUCCAAAUACUUGAACGAACACAUUACUCAUGAUAAAAAAUAUGUGAUAAAAUAAUAGCGUGUUAUUUAAUACUUAUAAUGUUCAUAUUAAUUAUAUUUCACAUACUAUGUUAGCUUAAUAAUAAAAUUUCUAAAUUUGCUAGAGUACUACUUAUAAAAUAUAAUUGGAUGAACGAUAGACUUCUUUUAACACUGAAUAUUAAUUUAUGUAGAAACAUUUAUUUGUUUAAUCAGUUUUGAAUGAAUAUUCCAUUGAAUCUUCAAUUAAUAUACAUCGAUUUUUACAAUCAACAAUUUACGAGUUCAAUGAUCUAUAUGUAUUAGCUAUAUAUUUCCACAUUCUUUCGUUUUAAUUACUUCUUGUAAAAUCUUUAAUAUGCAAAGUAUAAAAAUAAUAAUCGAUACGGGAUUGUACAUAAAGAUUAUAUAAUAGCAAUAAAAAAGUCCAGAGGGUGAUAAUAUGAAAAUAGCAUUAUGUUUCAAAACAAUAUUUAAUACAUAAAUCAUAAAAAUAAACAAUAUAAAUAUAUAGAAAAUUAUGAACAAAUAUUAUAAUGAAUAUAAAUCUUAAUUCACCAUUUUUCGAUGUCCCGUUUAUCUUGGAAAAUUGGUAUAUUUUAUAAAAAACUAUAUCAAAAAAGUUCUUUUACAGAUUUCUUUAAUAUAAAGAGAUACAUCAUAUCGUAUCAAUUAUUUUUUUUUUUGUAGAUUUAAUGGCGGAGGAAAUUUUAAAGUCAAAUUAAUACUUUUAGAUGAAAUUACAUUCUUUUCAUAGUUCGAUGAACAUUUGAUGAGAAAAAUGUUCAACGACAUGCCAUAUGAAGUCAUUAUUAUUAUUAAAAAAUAUUAUAAAUUUUUAAAUAAUUAAAGAGUAUCGCUGGUUGUUAGAUGUUAGGUUGCAUACUGUAAGGAAUUUUUUUUAUCUCUUUUUGUGGUUCUUCAAUCACCGAUCCAAGUAAAAAAAUUUAUUUCGUAAAAAGUUCGGCUUUACAUCUUUAUAAACGGAAUACUCUUUAUACAUAUAUACGUGUUCUACUUUUCUAUCCAUCCGGAUAUAAUUCUUCUUUUAUACAUUUUAGAAAAAGCUAGGUUUUAUCUUUUCUAUUGUUGUACGUCGUUUUACUACUUGCUCAACCGAGCGUUUCUCCAAAGAAAUCUAUUUUGAAACAUAUACAAACUUUGGGACGUUUGCAGACAAUAUUUUCUUCUUCAAAAAAAUCUAAAGUAACCAGUAGUAAACUUCAAACUAUUAUUAUAACUUUUAUUCAAUCUAUUAUUAUAAAAGAAAAUUUAUGACCCACAAUAUCUUAGUUUUACAGUUUUACAGUACUGGAAUUUUAAGAUCAAAGAAUUAAGAAAGGAGAGUAAGUCUGUGAUUUUUCAUUUCUAAAUGCAGUUAAAAUAAAUCAAACAAAUAUGAAAAAGAAAAAUAAUUUAUUAUUUUCCCUUUCAGUUGGCCGGUAUAAUCAAAUAAAUUGUAGAUGUUUACAAGAUUUGGAAACUAACGAUGACAAUGAAAAUACUUACGAGAAAAUAGAAGCUAUUAUUAAAAAAGAAAAAAGAUUAGAAUACGUAUUUAGAUGUUUUGUAGAGAAGCCAUCUUUACGUGGCACCAGUAUAUCAAACGUUAUUAUGAUUUCCAUAUGAUCUUGUAAUAUAAAAAAUGAAAUAUUCUCAAUAAUUGUAUAGAAAGAUGAUUUCAUUCGUUCCUAGACUGUUUGGCCAA